AUGCAACUUUUAGACAAAAACCUUCGGACAGACGUAUUGCCCCAACGCGGUAGUCGCAUUGGACGUCAACCAAACGCAAUAAAGUAUUACUGCGUGCGUGAAAUCUCCCAACUGGCCGGCAAGAGCGAACCGGUAAACAACAACACGGAUCAGGCCUCACGUUCGAGAUCCUCGAAUUCACCGAUUGUUGCAGCGGCGGUCAAGAAAGACGACGAGGCUGUCCGAUGUUCAGGUGUCACCAACCGAAUCUCCCCAACGACCCACCACACCGAUGUCGCCAAACACCCGGCAUCCACUAUGGCCACGGUAAAUGCAGGGUCCGGGCACGGUGGAACAUCAAAGCAGCACAGGCCUCUGGCGGAUAUGCACCUCUCUGGCUGCCACAGCGAUGCAAAACGCGCCAAAAGAGCCAUCUGCGAUCCAGCCGCUACCAGCAGCUCCGGAUCCGCGCCUGGUGGUGGAGGAGUCACUUGGGAGAACGUUAAUCCUCUCCUAAUACCUGGUGUCAUUAACAGAAUUGGCAUAGAAGGGGCUCGGGGAACGGUUGGUUGGCCCCGCAAGUUCAUGCAAAACGGCCUUGGUGGCGAUGCUGGCGAUUCUCGUCCUUCCCAGCAAGUUUCCGGGGACAGCGUGGACGGACAGAUACAUCAGUUGGCACUUUCACAACCACCAUCGCAUAAUCAUCAACGUCAUCCGCAGCAGCAGCAGCAGCAGCAACAUCGACCCUAUCUCACCCAAUUGGAGGCUUAUCAGAUGGAAAAUGGCAAGACGAUGAGUAGCGAUCGUUCAGCCGACGUCUGCUUCAGUGCGUGUGACGUGUCUUCUUCUACUGUUACUACUACUACUACCUCGAACGACCAAUCGGUCGACAUUCUUCGUAGCUUGAUCAAACAGAUAAUCCACGAAUCUGCUGGUGCUACCACCGGCCAAGUACUCGGCACUGCCGCUAUCGAUUCGACCGCAACACACAGAACAAGUCCCUCCUCUACCACGACAACCCUUUCCCGACACUCGAAUGACACU